AUGCGCGCCUCCGCCCGAUCUCUCGCGCUGCUCUGUCCGCUCUUUUGCCGGCCGCGCGGGUGCCCGCUGCUCUGUGCGCCCGACUCUCCAAGCAUAUCGCCGACGGCUGGCGCGACGCGGUCGCGCUUCGGGCAGCACCAGGGCGGCCGCUCGCUGGGCAAGAAGAAGAAGAUCCGACACCACGUGAAUCCCCUCAAGGAUGUGCACAUGCAGCCGCUCGAUCUUCCGGAGCGAUGGCCAGAGGAGGGCGCGUUCACGCAGCCCGACCUACCUCUGCACGUCGAUAUCGGCUGUGCCCGGGGCCUCUUUUGCCUCGACCUCGCCGCGGAGUCGAGCGGGUCGGCAAACGUACUCGGCCUCGAGAUUCGUUCUGCGCUCGCCGAGGCGGCGGCGGAGGAUGCACGGCGCCUCGGCGUUGCCAACGCAGCCUUCCUUCCGUGCAACGCGAAUGUGAACCUCGAGGCGGUGCUCUUGCGCGCGUCGCGCUGCGGCCCGUUGCAGUCGGUCUCGAUCCAGUUCCCGGACCCAUGGUUCAAGGCGCGGCACAAGAAGCGGCGCGUCGUGCAGCCGGAGCUGGUCGAGACGAUCGCGCGCCACCUCGAGCCGGGCGGCUGGCUUUUCUUCCAGACGGAUGUGCUCGACCUCGCGCAGGACGCGCGAGACACCAUCCGGCAGGCGGCGGCAGGGACGCUCCGCGAUGCUCGUGAGGACGCGGGCGAUUGGGCGGCUCCGAAGCCGAAGCCGCUCGCCUGCGUGAGCACCGAGCGCGAGCGGUCCUGUGCCGAGCUGCAGCGGCCUGUCUACCGCGCCGUCUUUGAGAAGCUACCGGCGGGCAUGCCGGCGGGGCACGAGAGGAGAUAG